AUCAUCAACAAUAGUUUUUUUUUAUUUUUUCGGAAAAUGACGCUUGGAUUACUGAGAAAAAUUGAUUAACUGUGGAAAAAUUAAUAAAUCGUGUUUCGUAACCUCAAAAGUCAUAAAGAAAAAUAAAAAAAUAGUAAAAUAAAAUUGGAGUAAAUAAUUAAUUAAUUAAUAAAAAAAAAAAUGGCCAAUUCAUCAGGUAUUAUAAUAAAGUGGAAUGGAAAUGAAUAUCCAAUAAAUGAUUUGAUGAAUGAAACAACAGUUGCUGAAUUAAAAGCAAGAAUUUAUGAAGAGACUGAUGUUCGUCCAGAUCGUCAAAAACUUUUAAAUUUACGUCUCAGAGGUAAAAUACCAGAUGAUGAGCAAAAUCUUGGUGGCAUUGGUUUGAAACCAGGUUUUAAAUUAACACUGAUGGGUUCAACAGAGGAAGACAUUGCUCAAGCAAAUCGUGCACCAGAUAAUAUGAAUGAAGUUGUCAAUGAUUUAUCAACAGAAAUUGAAAGUGAUGAUGUUGAAGUUGAGAAUGCACAUAUAUAUUUAGCUAAAAUACAAAAACGUAUAGCAACAUAUAAAAUACAAGAAUUAAAUCCAUUAAGAGAAAAUAAAAAAAUGCUUGUAUUAGACAUUGAUUAUACACUAUUUGAUCAUCGUUCAGUAGCAUCAAGUGGUAUUGAAUUAAUGCGUCCAUAUUUACAUGAAUUUUUAACAAGAUCAUAUAAACAUUAUGACAUUGUCAUCUGGUCAGCAACAAGUAUGAAAUGGAUUGUUGAAAAAAUGAGAUUACUUGGUGUUGCUGAUAAUCCAAAUUAUAAAAUUGCAUUCUACAUGGAUUAUCUUGCAAUGAUAUCUGUUUAUACACCAAAACGUGGUCUUGUUGAUGUUAAACCACUUGGUGUUAUUUGGGGUAAAUAUCCAGCGUAUUCACCUAAAAAUACAAUCAUGUUUGAUGAUAUACGAAGAAAUUUUAUGAUGAAUCCUGGAUCUGGUUUACGUAUACAUGCAUUUCGUGAAGCCCAUUUAAAUCGUGGAAAAGAUAGAGAGCUACUUAAACUUGCUGACUAUCUUGAAGCUAUUGCUAUUAAUGAAAAUGAUUUUCAAAGGCUUAAUCACAGAGAAUGGGAAGAUUAUUCAACUAAAAAAUCACACAGACAUUCUUCACAUAGGCAGUCUUAUGAUGAUUUUUCCAUGGAAGACUGAUUUUUUUUAUAAUUUUUAAAAACAACAAUUAUGUAUAUUCUAUUGAUGUAGAAGCAUGUAUCCAUCAUAGUGUUUUAAUUUUAUUUUUUCAUUUUUUUAAUAAUUCUUAAUUACCAAUCAACUUUUUUUAAUUUUUUUAAAUUGUACCUUUUCGUUUGUUUAAUUAAUGUUUAUGAUUUU